CUUCAAAGGAUUGCGCACAAUGUUCUCGUGCCUUAUCGCCGCAUCUACGAAGUUAUCAGCAGGUAAGAGCGGCACUCUCAUUCCGUCCCUCAAGGAUGGAACCGGAUUAGUGAAGGCAGAAGAUGAAGCAGGGAGUCUUGAUCUCGGUGAACCUGAUUCUUUAGCCGACCUCCUGAGCAGCUUGAGGGUCGAUACCAAGAAGCUCUCCGAGAAGACCAAGCGUCGAAGUUGUGCUUUCAAGUUAUUCAGGUACUUGGGAGGUAGAAAGGACAGGGACAAAGUAGUGUUGGUCAACUGGCGUAUGGGGAGAAACUUAUCGCAGCUCAUCUGCCAUCUGGACACUCUCCACGAUCGAUCUGCGGAGCUUCUUCGCGAAGAGAUGAUGCUUCUAAGGGAGUGCAAGGACUCUUCCACAGCGAUUGGGAUCGCUGCUGCCAUCUCGAACCAGACUUUGUGUAAGAAGUGGGAUGAGAUCUACAGGCUUUGGACGCAGCUGGGGAUGCUCAGUUAUGCCAUCCAGGUGGAGAAGAAGGCCGUUCCUUCCGCCGAGCUCUUUGCGGGAAUCAUAGCCGAGACCGAGACGUCACUCCGCAAGCUCUUGCAACGGGCCUCCCUCUUCCUCAAAGCUGUGAAAAUUCUUGGCGAGGCCAGUAACAGGACGGAUCUCUCGCAAGACCAACUUCAGGCAACAAACCUGUUGCUGGAGAGGUUACACCCAUCAAGAAUCUCGGCUAGCUGCGUGCAAGACGUUGUUGUGGCUUCCACUCAGCUGGAAGACGAAGUGCUCGUCAUGGGAAGCGUUCUGGGAUGUGGGAGCUACGCCGCCGUCCAAGAAGUCCAAGCCUUCGGACAGAGAUACGCUCUUAAGCUCUUCAAAGACGACGCAUCGUUUGUGAGGGAGGCUGCUCUACACUUGCAGCUCCAGCAUCCUCACAUCGUCCAGGUUCUCGGCCAUGUCGAGCUCAAGAGAGACAGCGACCUCAAGUAUGGAUUGCUGCUGGAGCUCAUGGAAGCUGGCAAUCUUGAGUCCUACAUCAACAAGUCCAAGCAAAGAAGCGGCUUUGCGCCACCUUUCUCCGCCUUGGUCUGCGUCGACAUGAUGCUCCAGAUCGCUCGAGGCCUGAAGUACUUGCACUCGCUCCAGAUCAUCCACAGGGACGUGAAGCCGAGCAACAUCCUCUUGACCCGGGCUCCCGGCUCUUCUCCGAGCGGCCUCUUGCUCAAGCUCGCGGACUUUGGCACGGCCAAGACGGUGGAGUGCUCCGACCAAGCUCACACUUCGAAGCGAGGCACAGGAUUCUACAGGGCUCCGGAAGUCAUGGUUCCAGACCGCGGUGGUGGUGACGAGUUUUGUGCGAGGUACACGCUCAAGGCGGACGUUUACAGCUUUGGGAUGACGUGCUACAGCAUUCUCACUGGAGAGGUACCGUUUUGCGAGACCAGAGGAGUGGAUAUUAAAAAGAUCAAGGGGAGUUGGAUGAAACCAGGAGUGAGGCCUUCGCUGCCGGGAUACGUAAACACACUCUUGGGAGGAGUGGUGCAGCAGUGCUGGUCUAGUAAUCCCGAGAUGAGGCAGUGCUUUCAGGAGAUUUGCUGGGAGCUGGAGUGCAUACGCUGCUAUCUCUCGGGGUCCACUGCUAUAGAGAGCUCGAGUAAACCGACAGCUACGCAAAGAGGUAAUCUCCUCCUUGCGUGACUCAAGGGGGAAAUAUAUUGUCUACACGAAACGGAUAGUAGUUAUUAAGGCUCUCCAGGAAGAUAUGAUAGCGGGCAGGAGCAGGACAGAUUACUGGGCAACCAUCUCAUAGGAAUGCGCAGAAAAUGUUUGACGAGAUGGUUUUGCAGGACGCUUCCUAUGAUCUUGGCAUGUAAAUUAUAUUUAUAUAUCAAAUAUACCACAUGACAAAAUAUGUUUAAACCGAA